AUGUCAGAACAAAUUUGCUGCUUUCUGGUCGAUUAUUGCAACAAUUUGUUAGCAGAUAUGUAUGUCAAGAUCGAGACCUCAAGACUAGAUUAUUUUAGAAGAAAGCAACAACAUAUUCGAUCAGAGUUGUAUCAAGGUAUUGUUGAUACAAUUAUGCUUAGGGAAACAAAUCCUUCUAAUGUUGGGAAACAAAUUAUACUCCCAUCUUCUUUUAUUGGAGGUCCAAGAGAUAUGAGAAAAAUAUAUAUGGAAGCAAUGGCUUUAGUUCAACGUUAUGGCAAACCUGGCAUUUUCUUAACGUUGACAUGUAAUCCAAACUGGCGAGAAAUUAAAAAUGAACUAAGUCCACACGAGGAGAGUCAAAAUCGAUCUGAUUUGGUUGCUCGAGUCUUUCAUGUGAAAUUGGAAGAAUUAAAGGACUAG